CCAGCUCUACUUAGAGUAGCGGUACUUAAGUAGGUAGAUAGGUAGGUAUAUAACCAACCACAUCUCAGACACGAGAUUGGCAUAGGUACUACUUACUUACUUGCAGAGAUACAGAAAGCCCUGUGAUUUUUUACCUUGCUCGGCUCGGGUCUUCGAAUCGUUUUAUUUAUGCACUUCCGACCGCACUCGCGGGGUACAGCGAGAUUCAUCACGAAACAGAUAUAUACGAGCAGCGCCUCGCUUACGUCAGUGUCGAGUUCGCGACUACGUGUUGUUGGAUUGAGCCGUGGAUAUUCUACUGUCGCUUCUGCUGGCGCACUGCGAAGAGGGCUCGAGUUGAAUUUGGAUCUUCAGCGACCGUUUACGCAGAGAAGAAUGGCCUCGAACGACAAGAUCACCAACUGGGUUGCCCCCGGCGAUAAGUCGGGUGAGUUCAAGCGCCAGGCGAGCUCGUUCCGCGACUGGAUCAGUGAUGCGCCAGAUGCCAGGUUCCCGCCUGAGAAGGGCAGGUAUCAUUUGUAUGUCAGCUAUGCUUGUCCUUGGGCUCAUCGCACCCUUAUUGCGAGGAAGUUGAAGGGGCUGGAGGAGUUCGUCUCUUUCUCCGUUGUGCAUUGGCAUAUGGGAGAGAAAGGCUGGCGUUUCCCCACGGCCGAAGACAAUGAUGCAGCAGGCGAGAAUGUGGUACCAGACCCAUUACCGGGCCACGAAUCAUUCACACACCUGCGCAACCUGUACUUCAAGGUCGAGCCGUCCUACAGCGGGCGGUUCACGGUGCCCGUGCUCUUCGACAAGAAGACGGACACGAUCGUCAACAACGAGAGCUCUGAGAUCCUGAGGAUGUUCAGCACCGUCUUCAACGCUCAAUUACCUGCGGAGUACGCGAAGAUAAAUCUCUACCCCGAGAACCUGAGGGCGGAGAUUGACGAGGUUGGCGCUUGGACGUACGACGAUAUUAACAACGGCGUGUAUAAGAGCGGCUUUGCGACGACGCAGGAAGCGUACGAGAAGAAUGUCGUCAAGCUUUUUGAGGCAUUGGAUAAGGUCGAGGAGAAGCUGAAGAAUGGCAAGGGUCCGUAUUAUUUUGGCGAUGUUUUGACUGAGACUGAUGUGAGACUCUACGUAACCAUCGUCCGAUUCGACCCAGUCUACGUGCAGCACUUCAAGUGCAACAUCCGCGACAUCCGCAGCGGAUACCCCGCCAUCCACAAGUGGAUGCGGAAUCUGUACUGGACGCACCCGUCCUCGGCCUUCAAGGACACGACCAACUUCCUGCACAUCAAGAACCACUACACCAAGAGCCACACGCAGAUCAACCCGUUCUCUAUCUGCCCUGUCGGCCCUUUGCCGGAUAUCUUGCCGCUUGAGGAGGAGGUUCGGUGCUGCUGACUCAGGGCUGCUUUGUGAGGGGGUUGAGUUGAGUUUGGGUAGAGAGGAGGGGAUUACGGCUCAAAGAGAGGGGAAAAGCACCGAGUCAAAACUGACCAAUUCGUUGAACCUUUUUCCUUCAGGAUAGAUAGCAAUACAAGGAACGAACAGCAGAAGAGAAGGAAGCGGACAUGGUCGAAAUCCAAAAGAAUGGUUUUUUCUACCUCACCCACUAACUAAUCAAUGCCUUUUUACUUUACUUUUAUUGUCAUCCGUUUCUUCGAAUGAUG